UCAACACAAGAAAUAAAGGACAGAUAAAAAACAAAGGUAAAAGGAAGGGGAAGAAAGAAGCAAACCCUAACGAAACCGAAACAGAGUUACAAAGAUAGAGAGUGUGAUCCCUUCAGAUUUGUUCUUCUGAUUCCGGUUGUGAGUUAGGGAGCUAUGGCGGAGCACUUGGCAUCGAUAUUCGGUACGGAGAAAGACAGAGUGAACUGCCCCUUCUACUUCAAGAUCGGGGCCUGCAGGCACGGCGACCGCUGCUCCAGGCUUCACACGAAGCCCACCAUAAGCCCGACGCUGCUCCUCUCCAACAUGUACCAGAGGCCCGACAUGAUCACCCCUCUCCUCCCUCCAAAUCCUAACCAGCCUCAGUCUCAGUCCCUUGAUCCCGACAAGGUUCAAGACCAUUUUGAGGACUUCUACGAGGACCUCUUCGAGGAGCUCAGCAAGUACGGCCAGAUUCAGAGCCUCAAUAUUUGCGACAAUCUCGCUGAUCACAUGGUUGGGAACGUGUAUGUUCAGUUCAAAGAGGAGGACCAUGCUGCCAAUGCCUUAAUGAAUCUCACUGGGAGGUUUUAUUCAGGUCGACCCAUCAUUGUUGACUUCUCUCCUGUUACUGAUUUUCGGGAAGCUACUUGUAGGCAGUAUGAGGAAAACGUUUGCAAUAGAGGUGGCUACUGCAACUUCAUGCACCUAAAAAAAAUUAGCAGGGAUUUGAGGAAGAAGUUAUUUGGAAGAAACAGGAGAUGGAAUCGUAGUAGAAGUAGAAGCAGAAGCCGAAGUCCUCCUAGGAGUAGAAACUAUGAUGAGCGUUCACAUGGUCGUGGUUCUAGUAGAAGGGAUUCUGAUAGGUCCCAUGGUCACCAUGGUAGGAGGCCUAGAAGCCGUAGUCCUCGACGUCGAGGAAGGCGAAGUAGAAGUCCGGGGGGGAGGGAUAGGAGUCCAGUCAGAGAAAGUAGUGCAGAAAGAAGGGCUAAAAUAGAGCAAUGGAACAGGGAGAAGGAGCAGGGAGAUUCUGGUAACCAGAACAAUGCGAAUGGUAAUGAUUACAAGGAACCUAGCGUCCCAAAAAAUGGUAAUGAAUCCGAUAAUCAUCAAACAUAUCAGCAUAACAGUGAUUAGGUUCAAUAUUAAGAGAAACCCUGUAAUGUGGAAGUUAUCUUAGUCAACUUAAUUAUCUUGUUUGCACCUAUUGAGUUGUUUUCCGUUGCUAGUGAUUUUACCGUUUUAUUUGGGUUUUAUUCAUGUAUACAACUUUGUAAUAUUCAUGAAAAAACGGUUGACUUUUAUGCUUCAAACGCAAUUAUCAAGGUA